AUGGACAGAAGCCUCUUUGUCGUCGCUGCUCAGACACCGGUCCAGAGCACGCCACCUAGGGAGCGGUCGUCGGUUCGGGAGGAGAGUCGCCAGCAACAGCGCUACACCCAAUCAUUCGACCCGAACUCCUUCUUCUUCGCGCCUAGCCAAGCUGUUGGUCCUGACGCCGAGUCAUUCGUGCUUGAUGGUGAACUCGCCGCCGCUCAGCCUUAUACCUAUGAUGAGCUCUUCAGCACGUCUUUCACGGCCGUCGAGGUCCCUGGCAUGUACGACGCCGGCGUCGGCGCUGCUGGCUUCCACACACCACUUCCACCCGUGAUGGACCCUAUGUCCAGCCCAGGUGGCAGCACAGGGUCAUCAGUGGCGUCUGUGCAGCGAGAUCUGUCAAUGUCGAGAGCUCCGAACAGCAAAACCGAAUCCACGGACCUGAUCGAGACCUUCUACAAAUACUUCUAUCCAGCGCAUCCUUUCAUCAUUCCUCAGAAACUCGCCAAGCAACGACCCGAACUCCUGCCUGAACCGUUGCGAGCCACGAUGCGCUUCAUCGCUGCCCACUACGUCCCCAACCACAACAUUCAUACUCUUCAAAAAGCGGCGCAGGUCAUAUUCUCCGACCGUGUUCCUGAUGAUAUCUUCAAGUUGCAGGGCCUGAUGCUCUACAUCAUGCUACCUUCGCCAGAUAUGAGCAAGCUACUGGCGCGACUGCAUUCGAACAAGCCAUUCGAUUAG